CAUCCCGCGGACGGCCCGAGCUCGCCGGAAGCGAGGGUAGGCCCGAGAGUUCGUCCCGUCCAAACCCUCUUUAUUUUGCAGAUGGGGAAGUGGAGGCCCAGAGAGUUCAAUGAUUUAUCCAGGGUCACCCAGUAAGCUGAUCGUCCUCCUUGAGCCCUAGCUGCUGAUUUUCAGUAGAACUGGCGGGACCCUCAUGUUUCCGAGCGCUAUCCCGGGGCCUGGGUGGCUACUGCAGGGGACUGCAAGAUCGAAAAACCUGGACCAUGGCCACCCCCAGGAAAAACGUGACUGCCGGCAUCAUCAUGAUCGGAGAUGAAAUCCUCAAGGGCUAUACUCAGGACACCAACACCUAUUUUCUGUGCCGGACCCUUCGCUCCUUGGGUGUCCGGGUGUCCCGGAUCUCUGUGGUGCCAGAUGAAGUGAUGACCAUUGCAGAAGAGGUGGCUUCCUUCUCCACCCGCUUCAAUCUUGUCCUCACUUCUGGUGGCAUUGGACCCACUCAUGAUGAUAUCACCUUUGAAGCUGUAGCUCAGGCUUUUGGAGAUAAACUCCAGCCCCACCCUGAGUUGGAAGAAGCUGUGAGAGCCCUGGGGGGCACUGGGCAAGAGAAGCUGGUUCAGGUGCCCUCCACUGCCCGUCUUCACUAUGGUACUGACCCUGAGACCGGGGUCCCCUUUCGAUUCCCUCUGGUUUCUGUCCGGAAUGUCUACCUCUUCCCGGGCAUUCCAGAACUGCAGCAGCGGGUGCUCGGGGGGCUGUCGGAUCUGUUCCGGAAUGAAGGGAUGCAAUUCCACCUUCGUGAAUUAUAUGUGACACUAGAAGAAUCAUCAAUUGCUGCCAUCCUCACAGAAGCACAAGCCCAUUUUGGACGCCGACUUGGCAUUGGAUCUUAUCCAGACUGGAGUAGCAAUUAUUAUCGUGUUAAAGUGACACUGGACUCUGACGAGGAGGCGGCAGUUGAGGAAGCCCAGGCUUACCUGAAUGCCCACCUACCCCCUGGAUCCCUAGUGCCAUUUGUGCCCAAUGCAGUGGAGCAUGCUGCGGAGGCUGUGUACAGACUAGCCCAGUCAGGGAUUCCUUUGGGCAACAAGGUGGCAGGGGCCUUGAAGAUUAUGGAGGAGGCCCUCUCCAGGUACAAGCUGAACCAGCUUUGUGUGGGAUUCAACGGGGGCAAGGAUUGCACUGCCCUCCUACACCUUUUCCACGCUGCUGUACAGAGGAAGUUCCCAGAGACCAGGGUCCCGCUGCAGAUUCUCUACAUCCGUAGCAUCUCCCCCUUCCCAGAGCUGGAGCAGUUUCUGAAGGAGACAGCUAAGAGGUAUAAGUUGCAGGUUCUACAGGCUGAGGGUGACAUGAAGCAGGCAUUGAGUGACCUUCGAGCACAGAACCCCCAGCUGGAGGCUGUGCUGAUGGGCACAAGGAGGACGGAUCCUUCAUCCCGAAGCCUCAGUCCCCUCAGUCCCACUGACCCAGACUGGCCCCAGUAUAUGCGCAUCAACCCAUUACUGGACUGGACAUAUAAAGACAUCUGGGAUUUCCUCCGCCAACUCUUUGUUCCCUACUGCAUCCUCUAUGACUGGGGCUACACGUCCCUUGGCAGCAGGGAGAACACAAAGAAGAAUGAGGCCUUGAUGUACCCAGGCCCUGGGGGAUGCCCUGCCUAUCGACCGGCCUACCAGUUGGAGAACGAAGAUGAAGAACGGAAUUCACGAGUCUGACGGGGGGAUUUUUGUCCCCACCUGCUGCUCUCCCUCAGUCCCAGCAGCCCUGACCAAUAAAUGGUGCCUGCUACUGUG